AUGGCCCAACACUCAACAGACAAGGACCAGGUGUGGUUGGAACCACGUCCUCGGCAUCGUGGGACUCGUCGCACGUUGGACUGGAAAGUUUUCUGGCGUCUCAUCCAUACCAAGAAGCUGUGGUACGGCCCGAAAGACGUGGAUGUGCGUGCUUUCUUCUAUACUUUCCACUCCCUCGGCAGUAUUGUUAGCUCUUCUUGCUUGUGCGAAUCAGCAGGCAGCCUGCUGAAGCACUUUUCACGUGGUAAUCCAGACACGAGAAGGAUCGUGGAAAGAACAAUCUUGAGGCUGGCUGCUGUCUCAGGAGACGGCACUGACGACGCCAUCAUUUUGAGGACGUGGCUGGAGACAGUUGCUUCCCCGGACAAGCUCAAUUUCAUUGGUUCGAGCAUGAAAGCUUACAAUAAGAACUUGGAGCGCUGGCCCUUGGGUCAAGGAAGCAAAACAAUCCACGGCAUGAGGAAGGCUGCACUGAAUAAGAAGGGCAGCAAAACGCAGUGGACAGUGAAGCGUGUCAAGAAGAUUCCACGGGUUGCCGCCAAAGUGUUGCAAGUUGCACGGUUAAAGGCAUCGUUGCACCGAUGGGCCCGAGCAGCUGCAGGUGACAAGCGGCAGCAGCAGCCGCUGGCCGCCAGCAGUGCUCUCCGGCCACUGCCGGAGUUCGAGACGGAGGACCUUGUGGCCAAGGCGGUGAGCGAGUUGAACGGAAAGGAGGUUCAGGGUCGCUGCAUCACCAUCGAGCCGUUCAGUCAGGCGCACGAAGGGCGGCCUCUGCGAGAUGCAGCGCCACCUGUUGUGGAUGGGCGCCAGGUGUUUCUGUCUGGCCUUUCUGCUAGCACCGACUCGGAGACAUUGCGAAAGUUCUGCGAACUCAGCGCUGGACCCGUGGCCAACGCCCGUGUGUUCACUCACCGUGACACUGGCGAAUCCAGGGGUACCGCGAAAGUCGAGUUCGACACUGCGGAGCUUGCGCAGUCUGCCAUCCAGGCUUUAAAUGGCCGCUUGCUAGAUGGGAGCCACCUCUCAGCACGCUUGAUGGAGCGGGAUCGGCCCCCACGACAGCCUGCAGAGGGAAGCAGCCGAAUCUUCAUCACGAACCUCCCUGACGAGGUCAGCGAGGAGCAGGUGCAGGACCUGCUUGUCCAGGCUGGCGAGGUCAUCUCCGUGCAGGUGUUCAAGACGGGUGCCGGCAACACCGCCAGCCGCGCGACGAUGGCAUCUUCUGAACAAGCUCAACGAGCUGUGAGCAUUCUGAACGAGACCUUUUACAUCUCCAAUCGCAUUAGUGUGCGAAUGGAUGCAGAGCGUCCAAAACCGCAGACCGAUGCGACGAUUUUCGUGGGUGGCUUGAGCUUCAGCACCACUACUCAAGGCCUGGAGCAGCAUUUCAGCCGGGUGGCGAGAGUCGUCCAGGCAUCCAUUUUCACCGCCAAAGACACCGGGAAGCCCCGAGGUUCCGGGAAGGUGGAAUUCCAGUCCGCGCGCGAUGCAGAACGUGCAGUGCAGGAGCUGAAUGGUUCGGAGCUCGAUGGUCGGCAGGUCCACGUGAAGAUCAUGGAGGCCCGGCCGCCAGAGAGGUCCAGUCCCAUGCGCCCGCCUCCAGGGCUGAGCCUCCCGGACAGUGGCCGUCAGCUCUUUGUGUCGGGCCUCGCGCCGACCACGCAGACCGAGUUGCUGCGCGAGUUCUGCGAAGCCUGCCUUGGUGACGGAUCAGUCGUGUACUGCAACGUCUUCCAGGACCAUGACACCGGCGAGUCAAAAUGCACUGCGAAAGUCGAGUUGGCAUCUUCGGAUCUUCUGGACCGAGCUUUUCAGGACCUGGAGGGUGCGCAGCUGGAGGGUGGCCGUUUGUCCCUCCGCCGGCCAGGCGAACCCCGACAACCUCCGGCCCCAGACGGGCGUACAAUUUUCCUGGGAGGGCUGAGCUGGGACGUCGACUCCGAAGCCCUCAAAGGCUUCGCCAGCCAGGUGGGUGAGGUCACCUACGCCGCCGUGUUCACCAACAAAGAAACGGGGAAAUCCAAAGGUUCAGGCAAAGUCCAGUAUGCCACCGCCGAGCUUGCCAGCAAGGCAGUCGAGGAGCUGACAGGGCAGGAUCUGAUGGGCCGCGAGGUUUGGGCAUGCAAAACGGAUUUGAGGUGCCUGGUGCCCAUCUAUGUCUUCAGAGGCAUUGCAGGUGACGGGGAAGAGCACUUCAGCUGGAGAUGGUGCCGAGAAAGUGUACUUUUAUGGAAUCUCGCUUUGAAUCUGAAGUCUGUACUGCUAGACGACAAUCACUGGUUGAACCACGGAGUGAUAAAGUCGUACGACGAGCAGAAGGGCUUUGGCUACAUCACCUCGAGUGACUUCGCGGCUCUCUCUGGUCGAGACGUGUACUUGACAAAAGAGGAAGCUGCAGCAGCCUCGAAGGAUCCUGUAGCUGGCUCGGAUGCCGGUGUGCCCAAGGAGGGGCAGCCUGUGAAGUUCCAGGUGACGCAGAACGGCGAUGGAGACCCACAGGCCGUCAACGUGGCGGGUGUCCGGCCCCUGAUCGGAGACGUUGCUCAGCUCCCCCGAGAGGGAGAUCAAAGUGGCGUUCUGGUCAUCAAGGGAGAUCCAGACGGAUCAGAGAAAGUGCAGUCUCUUGUGGGUAAGGAGGUUCGCUUCGGCCAAGCAGACUGUGGACAGCUGAUGUUGGCAGUCGGUGAUGAGGUCCUGUUCUCCUGUAGUGUGGUGAGCGAGUCGCCACAUGUCUUGGACGCGAGAAUCUCGGAGCUCAGGUCGACAACGCGGGCGGGUCCGAUACUCUUCGGCAACUUUCACGUGGAAUUCCCCAGGAGCGGCGACUCUGUCUGCAACCUCGGGGGCCACGCUAUGCAAGAUCGAAUUGUCCUGGCAGGGCUGCCGCCUGACCUGAAGGGUCCCGAGCUGAUGCGGCUCUUUGAGAAUUUCAAGGCCCAGGAGCCACUCCUGGCCCGGGAGGAUGCUGGGCCUCGUGGUGGCUUCGCGUCCGUGAUUUUCCAAGGAGGUCCGACUGAUGUGGCGCAGUUCCUGCUUCGCACAGCCAUCGCAAUGACAGUUGAUGGCAAGGCCCGCGCCGCUCGACUCGGAUUUAACGCUCGCGCUCCACAGGACCUGGCACAGCUCCCGCUACUGCCUGCACAGCCUCAGCCCACGCUUGAAGCUGAAGAGGGUGGUGCGCUUAUGGUUCGAUGGCAGCAAGUCGGUAUGGCUGUUGGUUACCUGGUGGAACUGCGACCUUUCGGGGACGAAGCAGGAUGGUCACCGGUGGACGUCUCGCCCGGCCACCACGUGGAUCCGCAUCCCUCCCUCCCACAGGGACUGCUCGGCCCACAGUGCAGUGCUUGCCGGGUCAACAGCCUGCGAGAGGUGCCGUACGAAGCCAGAGUUAUGUACUAUGCAGCCUCUGGCUGCCGGUCGUACCAUUCGAAGGUGUCGACGCCAUGUAAGCCGACGCCCUCUGCAUCCACCCGCAGAGAUGAUGGAAUCUUUGCUUCAAGAGCUUGGGAGAUUCCAAGAUAG